GCCGCUCUAAUUUUUCCUGGAUGCCGCCAUCUUGCCUCGGUAAAGCCACCAGAGGAAGUUUGUGGCGGUUUUCCGGGCGUUUGUAAGGAAACCGUGGGCCCCACGAGGCGGGGAAGGGGGCUCGGGCCGGCUGUGCUCUCCCCGCUCCUUUUUUGAGGGGUUCGGGCUCUCGGCCUUGCUUCCUUGGCUUUGUCUCCCUCUCAGAAAAGGCUUGGGCCUAGGAGUAGGAGGCGGCGGCGGCGGCAAGAUGGCGGUGGAGUCUCGCGUUACUCAGGAGGAGAUCAAGAAAGAGCCUGAAAAGCCCAUCGACCGCGAGAAGACCUGCCCCCUUUUGCUGAGGGUUUUCACCACCAACAAUGGACGCCAUCACCGAAUGGAUGAGUUUGCCCGUGGAAACGUACCCUCCAGUGAACUGCAGAUCUACACUUGGAUGGAUGCAACUCUAAAGGAACUCACCAGUUUAGUGAAAGAAGUCUAUCCAGAAGCAAGAAAGAAAGGCACACAUUUCAACUUUGCUAUAGUUUAUCCAGAUCUUAAAAGGCCUGGUUACAGGGUGAAGGAAAUUGGUAGCACAAUGUCGGGAAGAAAGGGCACAGAAGACUCCAUGACGCUCCAGUCUCAGAAGUUCCAUAUAGGGGAUUACCUCGACAUAGCAAUUACUCCUCCAAAUAGAGCACCGCCUCCAUCUGGUCGCAUGAGACCUUAUUAAUGUUUGCAUUUCUUUCAGUGCCACACCACCUGCAAUGAUGUUUUGUUAGAGGAUAUUUCAUUUUUAAUAGAAAAUACUUGGAAACUCAUGAAGCCUGGAAAAUACUGAUGGUCUUUUAUAGCGUUACCGUAUAUUUUCAAUUUUUUUUAAUGGAUGAAAAUUGGACUCUGCAGUGUUUGUGAAGAAUACAAAGCAUUGCUACAGCAGCCAUUAAUAAGUGUGCAGUUUUAAAAUUGGCGUGGAAUGGAUUUGUAUGACUAAUUGUUAAUAUGUGUGGUGAAAUUAAAGAAAUCAAUGUAUUUCAUAAA